UGGAUAAGGCCACACCGGUCCGGUGGCCAAUCGAUGCCUUUUGUGGCGAGGUAUAAGUAAGGCUCUCGAGGUCGCCAGCGGCUCAUUCAGACUUUCUGUGACAUACUGAAGCUACCAAUAUGAGCGGAAGAGGCAAAACCGGAGGCAAGGCCAGGGCGAAGGCAAAGACACGUUCAUCCCGUGCCGGGCUCCAGUUCCCCGUGGGCCGUGUGCACAGGCUGCUGCGCAAAGGCAACUACGCCGAGCGUGUGGGCGCUGGCGCACCAGUCUACCUGGCCGCAGUGCUCGAGUACCUGACUGCUGAGAUCCUGGAGUUGGCCGGAAACGCUGCCCGUGACAACAAGAAGACUCGUAUCAUCCCCCGUCACCUGCAGCUGGCAGUCCGUAACGACGAGGAGCUGAACAAACUGCUUGGCGGCGUGACCAUCGCUCAGGGUGGUGUUCUGCCCAACAUCCAGGCAGUGCUGCUCCCCAAGAAGACUGAGAAGGCCGUCAAAGCCAAGUAAAAUCGCUGGUGCGGCUGCAACUUGACUACUCAACCCCCAAAGGCUCUUUUAAGAGCCAACCACCUAGCUCAGCAAAAGCGCAAAGUGUCCUUUCUAUGGCUGGCCAACUAUUUGGCGUGUUUGUUAGAUACAUAUACACGGCACAGUAUCAAGUGCCCACAUGAGGCCUAAAUGAAGAAUAACAACUACUAGGCUAAAAUGAGAGCAUUAUUGCGCGUAAAGUGUAACGUUGCUCGCGGCCCUAACAAAAGACCCAAGCGCGCCUCGGCGAGGGGGGGGGGGUUGCGUUUUGGGGUGGCACGGAGAGGCCGAGCGUCCCGUCCAAUGGGUGGCGGAGGAGGCCUCCGCAACGGGCCAAUCAGGGCGGUGCGGAGAUGGUGACCAAUCAGCAGACGCCGCUGCCGGCUUUAUAAACUUCACAUAGGCAUUUGGAGGCUAUACUCCGACUGUGAAAGAAGGAAGCUA